CUUAGUCACUUGCCAAUAUGAGAGGGGACCAGAGGUUACGAAAGGAGGACACGGUUAAGAAUUAAAAGUCAACACCAUCGGAAUAAAGUUGAUAUUGGACUGCGUCAGCCCAGGCUUGAAGAACAUCUUUGCAAACCUUAAUUGUUGUUUCUGUCAGCAUACCAGAAGCCGUGCUGAAAAUAGAAACGUCAAGUUUAUCUCGGGACAGCGAAGGACUUAAACAGGUUCAUAGUAUGUGUUCUGAUCAAUAAACGGUAACAAUGAUCAAGCCUUUGUCUAUCAAAAUUACCUCAGACCACUUGCUGCUGUGUGUCUUCCUGUGUCUUCUCUGGGGUACGGCUUACUCCAACACAACAUCAACACCAAGUGCAACGCUGACAGCAACCGUAAGAAAUGGUACCGCUGACUCCAGUACAACAUCAUCAACACCAAGUGCAACGCUGACAGCAACUGUAAGAAAUGGUACCGCUGACUCCAGUACAACAUCAUCAACACCAAGUGCAACGCUGACAGCAACCGGUACCGCUGACUCCAGUACAACAUCAUCAACACCAAGUGCAACGCUGACAGCAACCGGUACCGCUGACUACAGUACAACAUCAUCAACAAGUGCAACGCUGACAGCAACCGGUACCGCUGACUACAGUACAACAUCAUCAACAAGUGCAAUGCUGACAGCAACCGGUACCGCUGACUACAGUACAACAUCAUCAACAAGUGCAACGCUGACAGCAACCGGUACCGCUGACUCCAGUACAACAUCAUCAACAAGUGCAACGCUGACAGCACCUGUGAGAAAAGCAAUGGGAACGACAGAAAUGACAAGCACACAGUCAACCACUCUAAUGACACCCAUUCCAACAACAAGAUCACCUCCUCCUAAUGCAGAGAACUUUCAACAGACUACACAAAAUGAGACCAGUAUAACUCUGCAGUGGAAAAAAGUGGAAAACAUCCUCAACUAUACCCUUGUGUUUGGUGAAAAGGAGAAAAACGUCACUGCAACAGCAGAGGAUACAGUGAUAGACGUAGUCUCAGGACUCACAAAUGCAGCAAAAUACAACUUCACUCUCUACACUGUGCGUGACGGUGUCAGAAGCAGUGGAGUAAGCCUCACUGCAGUCACUGCUCCUGCUAAUGCAGAGAACUUUCAACAGACUACACAAAAUGAGACCAGUAUAACUCUGCAGUGGAGAAAAGUGAGGAACAUCCUCGACUAUACACUUGUGUUUGGUGAAAAGGAGAAAAACGUCACUGCAACAGCAGAGGAUACAGUGAUAGACAUAGUCUCAGGACUCACAAGUGGGACAGAAAACACCUUCACUCUCUACACUGUGUUUGGUGGUGUCAGAAGCAGUGGAGUAAGCCUCACUGCAGUCACUGCUCCUCCUAAUGCAGAGAACUUUCAAUGGACUACACAAAAUGAGACCAGUAUAACUCUGCAGUGGAGAAAAGUGAGGAACAUCCUCGACUAUACACUUGUGUUCGAUGAAGGGGAGAAAAACGUCACUGCAAAAGCAGAGGAUACAGUGAUAGACAUAGUCUCAGGACUUACAAGUGGGACAGAAAACAACUUCACUCUCUACACUGUGUUUGGUGGUGUCAGAAGCAGUGGAGUAAAGCUCACUGCAGUCACUGCUCCUUCUAAUGCAGAGAACUUUCAACGGACUACACAAAAUGAGACCAGUAUAACUCUGCAGUGGAGAAAAGUGAGGAACAUCCUCGACUAUACACUUGUGUUCGGUGAAGGGGAGAAAAACGUCACUGCAAAAGCAGAGGAUACAGUGAUAGACAUAGUCUCAGGACUUACAAGUGGGACAGAAAACAACUUCACUCUCUACACUGUGUUUGGUGGUGUCAGAAGCAGUGGAGUAAGCCUCACUGCAGUCACUGCUCCUUCUAAUGCAGAGAACUUUCAACCGACUGGACAAAAUGAGACCAGUAUAACUCUGCAGUGGAGAAAAGUGAGGAACAUCCUCGACUAUACACUUGUGUUCGAUGAAGGGGAGAAAAACGUCACUGCAAAAGCAGAGGAUACAGUGAUAGACAUAGUCUCAGGACUCACAAGUGGGAAAGAAUACAUCUUCACUCUCUACACUGUGUUUGGUGGUGUCAGAAGCAGUGGAGUAAACCUCACUGCAGUCACUGCUCCUGAGAGGGUUAACAUGGUGAGAGUGACACAAAAUGACAGCAGUAUAACUCUGAGGUGGGACAAGGUUAACAGCAUCUCAACAUAUGUCCUACUAUAUGAUGGCAAUGAUGGUCCAGUACGGGAGGAUAUCAGCGCGCUUCCUGAAGACAUAACUGUUACACAUGUCGUCUCUCCGCUUACUGCUGGAAAAAAAUACUAUUUCAUUCUCACCACUGUGUUUGGGGAAGUCAACAGCACUAAAUACACAUUUGAAGCUGUGACAGUUCCACCAAAGGUGUCUUCGGUUGAUGUGACUGAACGCUCUGUGACCAGUCUAACUCUGAACUGGGAAAAUGCGGAUAUAAACUGGACGUACUUGCUUCAGAUUAAUGGCAGUACUGUGACAUUUACCCAGGACAUAUACCCAAAAGUGUCAUAUUCAGUCUCACCUCUCAAACCUGGGACACAGUAUAACUUCAGUGUGAUCACAGUGUUCUCUGGAUUCAACAGCACAGCUUAUGAAGCCUGCACAGUAACAACCAUAGACUGCGCCAGUGUGCCCUGGCAUGUCACUAACUCAUCGAUCCAUGGGAUGGUUGAAGGCUUAUUCUCAAAUGCAACCGCCACUUAUGAACAAACUCACAUCAGUCCUCAAGGUAGUAAUGUGUCAUUUACUGGCCUCGUCCCUGGCGCAACCUAUAACUUGUUCCUUGAGUACGAAACAUGUUCUCAACGCUUUCCACAAUGUCACCACACUGAAACAGUGCGUCCUUCAAGUGUAAGUGCUCACUGUGAUUACUUGGGAGCUGGCUAUUCCAUCUCUGUUGUGUGGAUUAAACCAAAUGGUGUGUGGACUCAAGUGGAGGUCAACGUUUCUGGGCAAUCUCACCCAGUACCUGCAAAUGGGGAACAGAGUAUUCAAAUAUCCGGAUUCCAACCUGCCCGAACAUAUGAAGUAACUGUAGAUACACUGUCUGGGCAUGUGAGGAGUUCUGCACCAUAUGUUUUUCUGUGUGAUACUGAUCCAAGGGGAGUAAUUGCAGGAUCAGUAUUUGCUGUGCUGCUUUUUGCCCUGGUCUGUCUGGCUGUCUUCCUUGUGUUAAAAAGACCAGAUUUAAUCAGAAAAAAGUCAUUCAUUGGUGGGGCCAAACUGUCUAAUCCAAAGAGCAAAGCUAUAUCUGUAGCAGAGUUUCCAAACCACUUCAACCAGUUAAGUGCGGAUGACAACAGAGGAUUCAGCCAAGAAUAUGAGAACCUUGUUCCUGUUGGCACAGAGCAGACACGGAAAGCCGCAGUUCUACCUGAAAACAAAGCGAAGAAUCGUUUCAACAACGUCCUGCCAUAUGACUGGUGUCGAGUGAGGCUAAAUACAUCAAAUCCCAAUGGGACCUCUGACUACAUUAAUGCCAGUUACAUGCCAGGCUACAACAGCAACAGAGAGUACAUUGCCACACAGGGUCCUCUGCCCUCCACCGUCAAUGACUUCUGGAGGAUGAUUUGGGAACAAAGAGUGAAAGGCAUCGUCAUGGUAACCAACUGCAUUGAAGGAGGACGGACCAAGUGUGAACAAUACUGGCCUGGAGACGGCAAGCCUUGCCAUUACGGAGAGCUCUUGAUCACCACCAGAUCUGAGCAACAGGAGACCAACUGGACAUUGAGGGAAUUUAGUUUGAAACAUACAGAAACCUCAGAAAAGCGGAAAGUGAAACAUUUUCACUUCACAGCUUGGCCGGACCAUGGAGUCCCUCAGGGCACCAAAAUCCUGAUCCAGUUCAGAGAACUGGUGAGAUGGCAUAUAGAGAGAGAAGCGGAUGGAGCACCAACUGUGGUUCACUGCAGUGCUGGAGUGGGGAGGACAGGCACUAUCAUUGCCCUGGAUGUGCUACUUCAGCAGCUAGUCAAAAAAAGGGGAGUGGGCAUCAAUGCUUUUGUGCACAAGAUGAGACUGAGUCGACCAUACAUGGUGCAGACAGAGUCUCAGUACGUUUUCCUGCACCAGUGCAUAAUGGACAGUCUGCAGCCAGACGAGAAGAUGGAGGAGAACAUAUAUGAGAAUGCAGACAUGAUAUAUGUCAAUGCCACAGCGCUCCGAGAGCUUCAGACAAAUGGCUAAAGGCAAUAAGAUUGUCAGCUGCAGUCAGUCUUUUAUGCACUUGAUGAAAAGCUAAUUGUGAAGUCAACAUACUAUAUUUUGUUAUUAACUAUAAAAAGAUUUACAACACAUAUUUACAGUAUAUGCAUAGAACACUUUAGGUUUUAUUUAACUUUUUAAUUAUUGUUCCUUAAAUCUGCUAAAUGUGUAUCAGCAUUAUUAUUAUUAUUAUUAUUAUUAUUAUUAUUAUUAUUACUAUUGUGUGAUGACACAACACUCCAGAUGACGAAAGAAUGUUUUCAAAUUACAUUUAUUAACAAAAAUAAAUGUAAGUAGAAAA